GUCUUCCUGACUAGUCAGGUUCCGCCAUUUUCUACUCAAGAUUGAAAGUAACACCAGUCCAGUGUUGUUCAGCCUAAAAAUAAACUACAUCUGAGAUACUGAAAACAAGUUUUGAUAGCACUCCUUCCGGCAUUCAAGAAUGGAAGACGAGAGCCACCCCAAAACCCUCUAUGUGGGGAAUCUUUCAAGAGAUGUAACAGAGAACUUGAUCCUUCAGUUGUUUACUCAGAUUGGGCCAUGUAAAAGUUGUAAAAUGAUAACAGAGCAGUCCGAUAGCAGCAGGAAGGUGAACUCUAUUGGAUUUUCUGUUUUGCAGCAUACUAGCAAUGAUCCGUAUUGCUUUGUGGAGUUCUUUGAAUACAGAGACGCUGCAGCUGCUUUGGCCGCCAUGAACGGAAGGAAGAUUUUGGGAAAGGAAGUCAAGGUAAAUUGGGCGACCACUCCUAGCAGUCAGAAGAAAGACACAUCCAAUCACUUUCAUGUUUUUGUGGGAGAUUUGAGCCCUGAGAUCACAACCGAUGACAUCAGAGCUGCAUUUGCACCCUUUGGGAAAAUCUCGGAUGCACGAGUGGUGAAGGAUAUGACAACAGGGAAAUCAAAGGGGUAUGGAUUUGUGUCCUUCUAUAACAAACUGGAUGCUGAGAAUGCCAUAGUACACAUGGGGGGUCAGUGGCUUGGUGGACGGCAAAUCCGGACUAACUGGGCAACUCGCAAACCUCCAGCCCCCAAGAGUGUGCAAGACAACAGCUCCAAGCAGCUGAGAUUUGAUGAGGUGGUGAACCAGUCGAGUCCUCAGAACUGCACAGUGUACUGCGGUGGCAUUCAGUCAGGUCUCACAGAACACCUUAUGCGACAGACGUUUUCUCCUUUCGGGCAGAUAAUGGAGAUCAGAGUUUUUCCAGAGAAGGGUUAUUCUUUUGUCAGGUUCUCCUCUCAUGAAAGUGCUGCUCAUGCCAUCGUCUCAGUGAAUGGAACCACCAUCGAAGGUCAUGUUGUGAAGUGCUACUGGGGCAAAGAGUCACCUGACAUGGCCAAAAAUGUCCAGCCGAUGGAGUACAGUCAGUGGGGACACUGGAAUCAAGUGUACGGCAAUCCUCAACAAUACGGUCAGUACAUGACGAAUGGCUGGCAAGUGCCGUCCUAUGGAAUGUACGGGCAAACAUGGAAUCAGCAAGGAUUUGGUGUAGAACAAUCACAGUCCCCGGCCUGGAUGGGAGGUUUUGGGACGCAACCCUCUCAGGCUCAGCCUGGCCCAGUGAUGAACCAGGCUAACUUUGGCAUGGCUGGAUACCAGACACAGUGAUCUGACCUUGGUUCUUCAUAACACACGGCUCUCACUUCUUUAGAUCCUGCUCUCAUAGGGAGGGUUGCUAAAGACUGAUAGGUGCACAUCAUCUUUUUCCCUACAAGCUUUGGAUCUGAAGCAGGAAUUGCUUUAUUGUAAAGAUUCAAAUUUAGAUUAAAGAGGCAAUUGAGAUGAGCUCCUU